AUGGAAGCAGUUACAAGUGGAUCUUCAAUACGUGAAGCAUCAAAUACUUUUCUUGUUCCAUAUACAACAUUAAAUUCUCAUGUUAAUAAUGAAGUUUUAUAUGAUCAAGUCGGUCGACCAACUAAGUUUAGUAUUGAAGAAGAAGUUUAUCUUGAGCAAGCAGUUCUUGCGUUGCACAGCUGGGGUGACCCGCUAUCCAUCGAAGAGUUUUUGCAUAUCUCCGAAGAAUAUGCCUCAUCUCUGAACAAAAGUAAUUUGUUUCCAGCAGGAAAACCAACGUAUGAUUGGCUUCGUUCAUUUUUGAAACGACACACAAAUCUUAUUUUGAAAAAAUCAUAUCCAUUGGAAAAGAAGCGUGCAGCAUUAACUUCAGAACAAAUUGAAGAAUGGUUCGGAUUAUUAUCAAAAGUUAUUGGAGAAAACGAUUUAGCGAAUUGGCUGGCUCAGUUGUUUAACUGUGAUGAAACAGGCUUGUCUGAUAGCAUCAGCUACUCCAAAGUACUUGUACAUCGGCGAACAUCUAAUGCUUAUCGAAUCCAAGGAGGCUCUGGUGGAAAAUCGUUUACUAGUGUGAUGUUUUGUGCUUCAGCUACUGGCUUUUUGUUGCCACCAUUUGUUGUCUACAAAUCUAAACGAUUGUAUCAGGAAUGGUGUUUUGGUGACCACCAGAGGCCGAUUUUUCUAAUUCUGAAAAGUAAUUUUCUUGCAAAGAAAAAACAAUAGGAUUCAGCAUCAUUAGGUUGCCAGAAUCUUCAUGACGUUUGUGAUACUCAAGAAAAUCAGUUAGAAUAUCAUUAACACUUAUGAUAAUAAGAGCAGAGGAUUUUUCAUGAAAAUUUUUUCUUAUUGAUAAGAAAAUUAAGACGAUCUAUUGUUUUAAAACUUAUCGGUAUCUACCUUGACGUUUUCUAUGAAUAUUCAGCUAAGGAAUAUUUAGUUUAUAGCAAAAUCAGAGAGAAGAAAAUUUUUUCAAAAACUAGAGAUACUUUCCUAUUAGUUAUAUCAAUCGAUUUAUUCAAUGGUGGGUGUCGCAGAUAAUAGAUCUUGGUGAAAUAAUAUUAAGUACUAAAUAUAAAUCGAAAAUUUUGUAUAAUUUUACGUUUGUCCAAUGAAAUUAGGUUUAUAUUUAACUAAAUAUAAACAGUCUACAUGUCAGUGGGUGUUUCAUUUUCGUUGAGUUUAUUCUUUUUACCAGCAGCACACAUUGUUAAAAAGUUAAUUACUACUAAGUGUAUAAUGCUAUAGAAUCUCAGAUAUAUUUCUAAUACGUUUCUCGCUGGUUUUAACAUUACUUUAAUAUGAAUGCUUUAUAAUAUUAUUGAGCGAUGAUUGCUGAAACAUUCCUUUUCCCAAUACAAUUAAAAGAAAUUUUUUGUUUAAGUGGUUGGAUGGAAAAAACGUUAUUUUAUGAGUGGUUUGAACAAAUUUUUCUAAAACAUACGAAAAUUUUGCCACGUCCAAUAGUUUUGAUUCUUGAUGGACAUGGGAGCCGCUUUAAGGUCGAAACACUUAAAUUGUCUGUUGAAAAUAAUGUGUAAGUGAUAAAAAUAUCCAUAUUGCAGUUCUGAAAUUUCACUAAACUAAAUGUCAUACAUAUUCAUGAAACAUUUUAGAACAAUUCUGUGUCUUUCUUCAAAUGCCACUCAUAUUUUACAACCGUUGGAUGUUGUCUUUUUCAACCCAUUGAAGAUCGAAUGGAAAAAUUGAGCCGUAUUUUAUACUAGAUAUUUUCUAAUUCUUUCAUAGAAUCUUAAAAGUUGAAUAUAAUCGAACGAACAAUAAAACCUGUUAUGUCAGGAGAUAUCUCUCCUAACAUAAGGAGACUCCAUGUUGGUAUGAUAUCAUCACUGUACAUCAAUGGCAUUAUUACUCCUCUUUUUCAAUGGCUCUUUCAUCAUGGAUAACGG